UCCAGUAACGCCGACGACUCGGAUGAGGAAACAAGACGGAUAUCCGGCGCAGGCAGCUCUGGCCUGUGGACGGCUGCUGGUAGACCUUUAUGCCCUGCCUGUGGGGGCCAAAGCAUGCUGCAUCAACGGUACUCUGAAGCUCAACUUUAUCGGCAGCUCAUCUUCUUCCGUCAUCUUCUAGAGCCCAUAGCCAAGACGGCCUCUGAAGCGCCAGUGAACCUUCAGGAAAACGUCAGGCAAGUUCUUCAAAACGGCCUCAAACAUGUUUACCGGCUCCUCGCCCAUUCUGCGUUCGCAAUGGUGGAUUUAGGACACAUCUUUGCGGGCCUUCGGAUGCGCACGACACCUGGGGCGCACUAA